UCAGUACCACCUUCCUUCCCCACAACAAAAAAAAAAAAAAGAGAGAGAAUAAUCUCAGAGUAACAUGAGCUUCUCCUCCUACAAUCCGAGAAACUACCAACAAAUCGUCCGAUCACGGUGCUAGAUUUUAAGAACAACGGAGAGGAAACAGCAGCUUUGUAUAAAUGGAAAGCACCGAUUCUUCCGGUGGUCCUCCGCCACCUCAGCCUAACCUUCCUCCGGGAUUCCGGUUUCACCCAACCGACGAAGAGCUCGUCGUUCACUACCUCAAACGCAAAGCCGCCUCCGCUCCUUUACCCGUCGCCAUCAUCGCCGAAGUUGAUCUCUAUAAAUUCGAUCCUUGGGAACUUCCCGCAAAGGCUUCGUUUGGAGAACAGGAAUGGUACUUCUUCAGUCCAAGAGAUCGGAAGUAUCCAAACGGAGCAAGGCCAAACAGAGCAGCGACGUCGGGAUACUGGAAAGCGACCGGUACAGAUAAACCGGUGCUUACCUCCGAAGGUAACCAAAAGGUCGGCGUGAAGAAGGCUCUCGUCUUCUACAGUGGCAAACCUCCAAAAGGCGUGAAAAGCGAUUGGAUCAUGCAUGAGUAUCGUCUCAUCGACAACAAACCAAACAACAGACCUCCUGGCUGCGAUUUCGGCAACAAGAAAAACUCCCUCCGACUUGAUGAUUGGGUUCUAUGUCGAAUCUACAAGAAGAACAACGCAGGUCGACAUGUGGAUAACGAUAAGGAUCACGAUAUGAUCGAUUACAUCUUCAGAAAAAUUCCUCCGUCGAUUUCAAUGGCGGCUGCUACUACCGGACUCCACCACAAUGUCUCCAGAUCAAUGAAUUUCUUCCCGGGAAAAUUCUCCUCCGGUGGUUACGGUAUUUUCUCCGACGGCGAUCCCGGUUUGUACGACGCCGGUAUGAUCAACAGCAUCGGUACCGAUCAUAACCACGGUUCCGGUUCUAACGGCAAUACUAACGCCGUCGGUUUGAAUCCGGCUUCGUCGUCUGAGCCGAUGAUGAUGGCGAACCUGAAACGAGCUCUUCCGGCGUCGUAUUGGCCUGUACCGGAGGAAGAGCAGGAUGUAUCUCCGAGCAAACGGUUUCACGGCGGUGGCGGCGGAGGAGGAGGAGACUGUUCCAACAUGUCUUCUUCGAUGAUGGAGGAGACUCAUCCGCCAUUGAUGCAACAGCAAGGUGGUGUUUUAGGAGACGGGUUAUUCAGAACGACGUCGUACCAGUUACCUGGUUUAAAUUGGUACUCUUCUUAAACCGAUAUUUGUUCCGCCACCGGUAUGAAAGCUUUUCCCGUGACAGUGAAGAAUCUCGGACUUACGAAUUUUCCAAUUGGUGGGGUCAUUUAUUUGCAUUAUAUAUAAUUCGAGAUUUGUGUAUAUGUUUUGGGUUAAUUUAUUGGUCAUUUGGAGAUUUGACCAUAGGGGUUAGAGGAAAGGAGGUUUAGAGAGGCGAAGAAGUGAGGCAAAACAUAUAGAAGAAACAUAGGAGUAAAAAAAAUAUACUGUUUUCUUUAUUUAAAUUUCGAAAUGUAUAAAUUACAUACUUAGAUGUUUAUAUAUAUAUAGAUUGUAUAGAUGCAUAUAGUCUUUUCCAUUAUAUUUUUGAAUUUGCAUUCUCGUGUAAAAGAAAUGAUUAAAAAAAUGAAAGAAAAAAAACUAGUUGU